AUGGCUCAUGAAUUCAAUUUGGAUUUUACUGAAAAUAUUAAUGAUGGAAACAAUCAUUUACAACAACCAACAAAUGUGAUUCAAAUGGAACAUAUUCGAAUGGAAUAUAAUCAAAUAGAACAUAAUCAAAUGGAAUAUACUUCAAAUGCUCCAUAUAAUAAUAACUUUAAUAUUUCUUGCAACCCUUCAGAUACAACAAGUCAACAACUUACACAACUGGCAAUAAUGAAGGAUCCUCUUUUAUGGAUAAUCAACUUGUAUAACUCUCCAUUUGAUGAUAUUCAAUUCCAAAAUAACUUCUCAUCAGUUAAUAUUCCUCAGAUGGAUAAUUCUGAGAUCUUUAGAUUUAAUAUUCCCAGUUUCAAAAUCAUCGUUAUACCUAAUUCUGUAAAUUUAGCUAAUUUGGAUAUACAAAAUUUGUUUCCACAAGACUCAACCCCAAAUAUCGUUACUGAAAACUCGCAAACUUACUCUCAAAAUACUUUUGAUUUAAAUGAUUCAUUUGAUUUUAAUAACUUUUAUCCUUUAAGAUUAAUGAUACAAUGUUUAGAUGCUGACCCAUCCAAUAGACCAACAGCAUCUCAAUUUUACGAAUGUUUAGGAAAUCGGGUUACGGCAAUAUGCGAUGAUCCUGAUCCGUCGGAUUUAUCUAAUCAAUUUGACGUUGCUGAAGAAAUUAAAUUCUCAAAUUUAGAACAGUUACAUUUUAACAUUUUACUGUAUCAUGAGAGAGCCAUCUAUUAUGUUCUAAACUUUGGAAAUAUUGAAAAAGUCCAUAAAUUAUUGUAUGAAAUUGAUAAUUUAAUUAAGAAAUGUCAUUCAUGAUGUCUUAAUUUUUACAAAAGGAAUCUGGUACUUAAUUAAUUAUCUUUAAUCUGAAAUAUCAAAAUGUUUUAAAGACAGCCAAUUCAAUGUGAAUUUUUAAUUUGGAACUUUACCUCCUAAAAUUAAUCAUAAUUUUAAACAAACCUGCAUAUAGAAAAAAAAUAUAUUUUAUCUAUAGUUUGGGAAGAACGAUAUAUGUAAUUUAUAGCAACUGCGGUUUAAAAUAAUUGGUUGUUAAUAUUUCUACAUUUUUUAUCAAAAUGAAUCGAAUUAUUAUAAUUUUGAAAAUAAUUGAAAAAUCU